CAGCGCCCGGCGGCGGCGGUCACCGAGCGGGACGAGGGCUCUGCGCCGCCGCUCCUCACGGCCCUGCCCCGGCCUUUCCCCGGCCUGCCAUGCUGUCCCGCCUCGUGCUGCGCGCCGCCCCCGCCGCGCUGAGGGCGCUGCCGCCGCCCGUCGCCGUGGGGGUGUUGCACACCACAAGGCCACUGCACACAACUCAGCAGAGUUUGGCACCUGUGCCACCUCUGCCUGAGAAGGGAGGAGAAGUUCGUCAUGGUUUGAUCCCUGAGGAGUUUUUCCAGUUUCUCUACCCUAAAACAGGAGUUACAGGGCCCUACAUGUUGGGCACUGGCCUCCUGCUCUACCUUCUUUCCAAGGAGAUCUACGUUGUGAACCACGAGACAGCAGCAGCUGCCUGCAUACUGACAGUCAUCAUUUAUGGCAUCAAGAAGUUUGGGGCUGAUGUCGCUGCUUUUGCUGACAAACUUAACGAGGAGAAAGUGGCCUCAGCUUUAGCCAUGAAGAACGAGGCCAUCCAGACCCUGCAGACGGCCAUCGAGGAGGAGAAGAAGGAGCAGUGGCGGGUGGAAGGCCGCAGUUACCUGUUCGACGCCAAGCGGAACAACAUCGCCAUGCUGCUGGAAACCAACUACCGGGAGCGCUUGCUGAUGGUGUACAACGAGGUGAAGAAGAGGCUGGACUACCAGGUGGCCAUGCAGAACCUGAAGCGGCAGAAGGAGCAGGACCACAUGAUCCAGUGGGUGGAGAAGAACGUUGUUCAGAGCAUCACACCUCAGCAGCAAAAGGAAAGUAUUGCCAAGUGCAUCCUGGACCUGAAGGCGCUGUCCAAGAGUGCCCACGCAGCCGUGUGAGCAGUCUGAGCCCACUGACAUGUCCCAGUACCUCCUCUGUGACUGUAAAAUCAUUAAACAAAUGAAAAAACCUCUUU